GGGAGUAUGAAGGGUAUGGCAGCUACUGGGCAUGCAGCAUGCACAGGUCUUCCCUCGCAGAAGCGAAGACAACCUGCUCACCCGUUUUCGGCCUCGAGCGAAUGAUGGAAGGCGGGAAUUUCACUGCAGAAACCGCUUUUGAUGAGGACGGAGGCAGUGUGUCCCGUUCAGACGACCAACCCUCAAACUAUGGGGCACAUAGUCCGCGGCCCGCGCGGAGCCAGAUAUCUACAGCAGUUUCUUUUGAGCCAGCCUCAGAACGACCAGCCAACUCGGCUGCUAUCGCCGCGCGGUCUGGGGAGGACAGCGCCCUCUCUGCAGCUGAGCCUGAAGGUGAGUUGUCUUCGCUGCCACAAGCUCCACUGCAGGAGACGGCAGAGCAGGAGGGCCCGGUGCAGCAGGAGCAUGUGCACCAGGCAUACCCCAGCGGCAGCCUACUGUCCACAGCUGUGAGGCCUCCGGAGCAGCAGCACCAGCAGCCACAACAGCACAUGCCCCAGCAGCCCCCAUCGCCACGUGCCAACCGUGCCAACAGCCUUGUCUCAAAGACUCCUCGUGAGGCGAACAGAGCUGGCACACCUGCAUCCGUUUAUGGGCAGGGCCGCUCAUUGGGGAGGCAGCUGCGCGCUGAAAGCCCAUUCGGCUACGAACAGAACUCCAUGGCAGCACCCUUGAGGGGCCAGGAGGCAAGGGAACGGCUGCAGAGCCCCCCUGAGCCUAACCAGCAGCCACAGAAGAGCGAAUGGCGCGAGGCACCCGUCAUGCAUCUGGAUGGAGCCGCCUCUCAGCCUCCGGCAGGCCACCUGCAAGCGGGACAGCUGCAUGGGACCUCACAGGAUGACAUGCUGGAGGGAUACCUGUCUGGGACCGGGCGCAACAACUCCAUCGACGCCAUGCAGCAGGGCGAGCCUAGGCCGGCGGAGGACCCAGCAGGUGCAUCCGCUGCGCCUGCCACAUUCAGGUCCAGCCCCGGCAUGCAUGCCGGCCACCGCAUGCCAGCGGGCGCCCACGCGCUCCAUCACCAUCAGCAUCAGAACUUCGCCGCAGGCCCGGGAAUGCACUUGGAGAGGAGCGCGAGUGCGGGCAGCAAGAGCGAGCGCGGCCACCGCAGCGGUCAGAGGCGCGGGUGGCCGGACGGCCCUGGUGACUACCACACCGCGCACGACGCGCACCCCGGCUCUAGGGCCCGCAACACCGGCACGGGCAGGAUUGCCGCGCAGCACAGCGGUGUGGCGGGUGAGCGGCCGCUGCGGCAGCCGGGCUCCUACGGGACCACUGAUGAGCCGCAGCUGGCCGAAGCCCAGGGACAGCUGCCGCCGCCGCCGCCGGUCUUCAUGGCCCCAGCGCGACCGGCCUCCUUGCCACUCUUCGGCCACCCAGCCGCGGCGCACCCGGGGCUGCUCAACGUGCAGAGGCUGCUGCGCGUGCUGGACAACAACGGCGACCUGAUGCGGCACCACGGGGCCGCCGCAGGGCCGCAGCUGCCACCGUUCCAGCUCCAGCCGGGCACGGCUGUCGCCUCACAGGGCCCGCCAGUGCAGCUGGAGCCGCUGCUGCGGCAGCUCAGCCAGCACCUGAGCACCAGCUGGCAAAGCCGCGCCGAGCCGGCCGACAUGGACCACGCGGGCAGCGUGCGCCUGGGGGGCGAUCAGGGCGACAACAUGGGUGUGGAGCAGGGCGGCGGCAGCAACUCAGCCGCCGAGCAGUACCUUAGCGGUGAGAGCUGCGAGCCCGCAGCUCGCCCGCGCGUCUCGUCCGGCGCCCGCGCGGCGCCUUCGCAGCAGGACCCCGGCGCGGGGUACGCGCUGCAGACGGCCGGGUCGCUGCAGCGGCCGGCGGAGGGGCAGUUGGUGGACCCCCACCUGCAGGAGGAGCGCUGGCCGCGGCGGCAGGCCUCCGCGCAGGAGGCCACCCUGGGCCCUGCCGCCUCCUGGGGCUUCGCUCGCUCGGUGCAGCAGGCGGCGGCCGCCGAGCAGUCGGUUCAGGAGGCCAACUCGCUACCCGCGCAGGCGCACCACGGCCACGCGGCUGCUGGGCCGAGGUCCGGCGCGCUCCCAGCGCUGUCUAUCAUCCAGGGGCAGCUCGAGCCUUUCCACCCCGGUGCAGGAGGCCCACGCAGCGAGGGAAGGAGCGGCCCGCAUGAGUCCAAUGCGCCGAUGUCGAUGCAGCUGCAAGCCCAGCUGGAGAACGUGGCUUCCGCUGGCCACGAAGACACACAUGCGCUUGCGGCCCAGAAUUCGAUGAUGCUGCCUCGCCAAGGCGUGCCAGCUGAGGGGGACGGUCAGCCGGUGGACAGCCAUGCAGGGUCAUUGGGGGACCUCGGCGGUGCAGGGGAGAAGUGCGCCUCGUGCAUUGCAGUGCCCCCUUUGAACCAGGAACCUGCGGAGGGCCUGUACGCCCAGCGACCGGACACGGCGCAUGCUGCGGCGAGUGUUCAUGCGACAGUGAUGAGCGAGGAGGACGCGCAGUCGGAGGGGGAGACCAAUCUGUCCUCCAUGCGUGGCAACGCUCAGCGCUCGGCCCCGGGCCGUGCCGGCCACGCCCAUGGCCACGCUCGGCGGCCUCAGCACCACUCCGCUGGGUCGCCGACAGCAGCCUUUGCUGAGCACCGACCAGCCGAGCUGCCAAGGGAGGAGGAUGUGCCUCGACCCCUGGACUCCACCACAGGCAUGGCCGCUGCGCCUGCACCAGCUGCGAGUGGCGGCCAGUCGGUGGAGAUGUGCACCCAUGGCUCCGGCAGCGCGUGGGCCACGGCCCCCGAGCCCUCCAACUCUUCCGGCAGCUCCCCUGCGCGCCCGGCCCAAUCCCGGCGCAGGACGCCCUCCCAAGGCGCCGUCCAGGGUGCCACAUCGGCUGCAGAAGGCAUGGGCAGGGCGUACUCCUCCAGCGCGCAUGCAGAGGCCGGCCAGAGGAUGCACGCUCAUCUGGGGGUAGCAGCGCAGCCACUGGGCAUGAUGGACAGAUCCGGCGGAGCUGCCCUUGUCCCGAUUGAUGCCGACCUGGGAGCUCAGGACCAGGUGGAGGACAACAUUGGAGGGCCUGCGCGACAGAACAGCAACGGCACAGCGAUUGGGCAGCUGUUGGCGGCUGGGCCGCAGUCUGUGCUGACCACAACUGGGCAGGGCGAGGAGCCGGAAGGUUCCCUGGCCAGCCAUGAGGGGAUGGAGCAGCAGGGAGAAGCUGGGCUGCUGGAGGCAUCGCCAUCGGACGGCACAGCCCGCGGAGCCGCGCCGGACGCAGCAGGGCGCAUCGCGGCGGCCGCGUCGGCCGCGGCCGCAGCCGCGUCUGCCAAGUUGGGCACUCUGCUGGCCGGCGUGGUGCCGCCCCCACCUGUGAGCAACUUACGAGGGACCAGCAGCUGCGGGGAAGCAAGGCCGGCUGUACCCCACUUUGCUGCUGCCAGGAGCCAGGACCACAUGCCAGAGGAGCCUCCCCAGAUGGCAGGGGAGGCGCAGCCCCAGAUUGCGCGAAUCUCCUCCAACUCCCUCCUGUACCAGCCGGAGCACCGCAGCAGGCCAGCCCACCACUACAACGGCAGCGCCCACCAGCAUGGCGACCUCCCUGAGGCUAGGCACCUGGAAAGCCAGCAGCCCGCCAGUCCCGGGCAGAACCACUUCACAGCUGCCGCCACCAGCGCCAAGGCGACGAGCGAGGGCGAGCCGGCUCAGGCAACGGUGACGGCGGGCGCCCACAGUGCGGGUGGCAGCCCGACGGCCGAGCUGGAGAUGCAGAGCCACCCCAGCCCCUUUGCACCCCAGCAGCACUCCUUUCCUCACCCCGCCGCUGCCAUGUUCAACUCCUCAGGGCGCCUGCCGCACGCAAGCGAGGGCAAGGGGGAGUCGCACCCGGGGGCCGAAGGCGCGGAGCAGGGGGCGUCGCCGGCGCGACCGACGAACGGCUCCGUGCAUGCGCUGACUAAUGGCCACGGCGCGGCCCACGGUCUCCAGGGGCGGCCCUCCGGCCACGCGGACGUCCUCAGCGGAGAGGACUCCGCGCCCGAUGAUGGCCCAGCCGUCACGUCGCCCGCCACUGGCGGCACGCUUGGGAGGAGGCGCAGCACGGCGAGCAAGCGCAAGCGCAUGAGUGCAGGGCAGCAACCUCGUGGAAGGUUCUCGGCUGCUUCAACAUCCUGAGGAGCAGCAAUUUGAUACGCACGAAAUUUUAGUCAAGUCUGUGAUAUCCCAAAGAGCGACGUCACAGUGUAUGACUUGCAGCUGCAUUGGAUGGAUGCGAGGGGAGAAUUGUAAUCUUCGCUUGCCCACAGAACGUCAAUGACGGCCCUUUGCUGAGCAUUACUGUGUGCUGUGUGGAUGUCAGUGGCGUGAUACCUUUACAGUGUCCUUCAUUGCAAUCCCUGACACGAGUAUGUUGCCAUGCGACCAACGACGAUCGGCCUGUCCAACUGGAUGAGGUCUUGCGCAGUGUGAGUUCAUGGUUAGUGUACAUUGAGUGGUGUUUGACAGUAGACAGAUCUGCAGUCUCCAAGGAGACAUUGGUUGGUCUGGCUUUUGAAUCUGCAGAGAUGAUCAUCACAGUAGGUGUUAAUGUACAUGUCCAAUUGCAGACUUGAAACGAGUGUAAACAUAUAUAACGCC